AUGAUAGUGUUGUUCGUACGCAGCAAGUUCCGUCUGCAUACUUGCAAGAUAAUCAUUGCCACGUCGCUGCUGUGGAUCUUCAUUGACAUCAUGGUACUCAUGUACUACACAGAUUGCAUUGGUCCCAACUGCAAGGCGAAGAGCAACUCUGUUGUAAAUUCCGAUGGCGGUGUCAAUGAUCUGUUUGACGCCUCUGCAGCACCACGCAUGGGGUGGGGACCGGUGCAGGACAACAUGCUUGACCGUUUCAAGCAUGGUAGCGACCGCAGCGAUGAUACCACAUAUCCUAGUCAUUUGUUGAUGCGCUGGAAGCCGAUGCCUCCUGUGCGUGAAAAGCGAGGUAAACAUGGCGAAGGAGGACGUGGCGUCACAAUGAAACCUGAACAAGAAGCACUUAUGAAACAGAAAUUCAAAGAGAACCAGUUUAACAUAAUAGCUAGCGAUAUGAUCUCACUGAAUCGAUCUUUACAAGACAUAAGACAAGGGGAAUGCAAAAGCAAGCAAUAUCCUACUUUGAUGCCGACCACUUCAAUAGUUAUUGUGUUCCACAAUGAAGCGUGGUCCACUCUUUUGAGAACUGUGUGGAGUGUCAUCAACCGAUCACCUCGAUCCCUCUUAAAAGAGAUUUUGUUGGUAGACGAUGCUAGUGAAAGAGAUUUUUUGGGGAAAAAAUUGGAAGACUAUGUUGCUACUCUUCCUGUAGAAACUAAAGUGUUGAGAACAGAAAAACGUUCUGGUCUGAUAAGAGCUCGAUUACUUGGAGCUAAACAUGUUACAGGCCAAGUGAUAACAUUUUUGGAUGCACAUUGUGAAUGUGCUGAUGGUUGGCUUGAACCACUUUUAGCUAGAAUUGUACUAAACCGGAAAACUGUUGUAUGUCCAGUAAUUGAUGUUAUAUCAGAUGACACAUUCGAAUAUGUUACCGCAUCUGAUAUGACAUGGGGUGGAUUCAAUUGGAAGCUGAAUUUUAGGUGGUACAGAGUUCCUCAAAGAGAAAUGACACGACGAAACCAAGAUCGCACAGCACCAUUAAGAACUCCCACGAUGGCUGGUGGACUAUUUUCUAUUGACAAAGAUUAUUUUUAUGAAUUAGGGUCAUACGAUGAAGGAAUGGAUAUAUGGGGUGGUGAGAAUCUUGAAAUGUCAUUCAGAGUGUGGCAAUGUGGCGGCACACUGGAAAUAAUACCAUGCUCACACGUAGGUCACGUAUUUCGUGACAAGUCGCCAUACUCAUUUCCGGGAGGCGUAUCGAAAAUUGUGUUGCACAAUGCAGCCCGUGUAGCUGAGGUUUGGAUGGACGAAUGGCGAGAUUUCUAUUAUGCAAUGAAUCCAGGUGCGUCUAAUGUUGAAGUUGGAGAUGUUUCUGAACGUUUAGCUUUAAGAGAAAAGUUAAAAUGCAAGUCUUUCCGUUGGUACUUGGAAAACAUUUACCCUGAAUCUCAAAUGCCACUUGAUUACUAUUAUCUAGGAGAAAUAAAAAAUGUUGACUCCCAACAGUGCCUUGAUACAAUGUCACGAAAAAGUGGUGAAAAAGUUGGCAUGAGUUAUUGUCAUGGUCUUGGUGGCAAUCAAGUUUUUGCAUAUACUAAACGAUCACAAAUUAUGUCCGAUGAUAAUUGUUUAGAUGCUUCUAACAUUGUUGGACCCGUUAGUCUAAUCAGAUGCCAUGGUCUAGAAGGCAAUCAAGCAUGGGUUUAUGAUUCAAAGGAAAUGACAAUAAAACAUAAAACUACAGAUCAAUGUCUAGAACAUUCAAUGUCUGCUGAUCAGUAUGCUGCCAUAUUAAAUGAAUGUGAUGGUUCACGUAGCCAACAAUGGACAAUGAAGAGUAACUUUCACUGGCAAGCUAGCUCAAGAUAA